UGUUCAUGUGAGCAUGAAGACCACAAGUGUUUGUAGAACUUUUCAUCAUCUGAUGGGACACACUUAUAGUGUUGUAAAAAAGUCUUUCCUGCAUUUGAAAAGGAAAGGAAAGCGACGACAAAACAGUCACAUACUUUUAAGACCCCCGCCCCUUACCCCGCUGAGGUCAGAGGAAGAUGUGUGCGCGCGCUCGAAGACACACUAAAAUACCGGAGUGCGCUCCUCCAGACAUCACUGAGACUGCUGCUGCAGAGAUGCUUGGAUGAUGUAGCCUACUCCAUCAUAUAUCACAAAUAAACCAGACUAUCUGCCACUAACCGACGCUUUGACGACUUUUUUUUUUCUUUUCUUCUGAACUAUGAUAUUCAUGGAAACGCACAAGUGACCUUGGCUAACUCAAGACCCAUUGGAAGUUUUAAAACAUCAAUACGCGUUACAAAACGCCACAGAAAACUCGACAUGAAUGUUUCACACGGGCUACUGAACCGGACGAUCUCUACAGCGAGGCAGCCUUUGGAAGGGGUCCGAGGAUGCUGCAACUUCUCGUUGAUCACGAGCGACGGGUUCGGUUCACCGAUUCAGGACGAGCGCGAUCAGUUCAUCGUGCGUUUGGUGCAGAUAGCGGUUCUCUGUGUGCUGUCACUGACUGUCAUUUUCGGCAUCUUUUUCCUCGGGUGCAAUCUGCUCAUCAAGUCCGAGAGUAUGAUCAAUCUGCUGGUGGAGGACAGAAGACCUUCCAAAGAUGCGGAAAUGAUGAUUGCUGCAUGAGUGGAGUAGACUGUGCCAUAAACCAGACUCAAACUGUCAAUUUCGCAUGAAUGACACCUGUUGGGACGAUUUUCAUCCCAAUGCUUAACUAAAUGUAUUUUUAUAUUAUUUUUUAGUUCAUCUUGUUCCAGAACCUACUAAUGUCGCAAACAAUGCAUUCAGCUUUUUUAAAACCCAGAAAUGUGUUGUGUUAAACAUUUGACUAUAUCUUCCAUCAAAUCGCAUGAAGAAAAGAAAAAUGCAUUAGCCUAAUCCAGAUCAUGAAAUUGAGAAUUUGUCAUUUGUUUUGUAUUUAUAUUUUCAUUGAUUCAUGUGAUUCGUUGAUUCAGUUGAAAAAAUUCGAGAAUGUCUUAAUGGGUUUAAGAAAGAUCAUUGUGUGAACUUGCAUGCAAAAUGGAUUAAAAGGAAAUGCAGAACUCUAAAAA